AUGUCAGCACAGGAUCCCAAGAAAAUGAAAGAGCAGACCGAAGUGGACCUGAUACGUCAGGCUGCUACAGAUUCCCUUACAGCUUCCUCGAAUGAACGAAAACACAAACGACAACGACGCCGCAAGCCUUUCGAUGAGGCGAUCAGUCACAAUGCCCAAAGGGUUUUUGACGUUCGAAGCGCUGAUAUCAUUUUUGGUAGAGGAAAAGGAUACCAAGAUCAUCCUGGGAACAAGCGGAUGCGUGCAAUUAUCCGUCAAUACAAAGAGGAAUACAAUGCGAUACAUCGAUCGAGGAAACGGGACCUUGUCGAAGCAGUUUACUCCGAGAUCACGCAGGGUGGGGCACGGUUUUUGCACAAGUCGACAGAAGAAGAUGUGUUUGUUGUGGUGGACAUUCCGAUUGCUCUGCAGAAGGUGCGGAAUACGCUUCGUUGUAAGAAGAGUGGAAUGGUCCCGACUGAUGAUGAUGAAGGUAUGACAUCACCGGCGGCUGUGGCACAGAAUCCAGAAGGCAGCCUUACAGUUCCAAAGGGCGAUGAUCGCAAAGUUGGUGCUGUAGCUAGUGCGAUUGGUGUACAGGGAUUGCUACCACUAGAUCUGGCUGGCCUCGGUGGUAAUCCUCUGGCCUCUCAAGUUGGCCUGAUGUCACCAUCUGCUCUCCUGCAAAGUCAACAAUUUGAACAGGCAAUGCUACCAUCGAGACAUCCAGUAACUACUCAAUUGCCUCCUAGUGGUUUAUUGCCGAAUAAUUUGUUGAGUCAAACUCAAUUUGCAGGGUUAGGGACGGGGAUAGGAGGGAUGCAAUUGCCUAUGACGCAACAACAGCCAGCUCUUCAAGCCAACAUGGCAGCACUUGCUGGAAGAUCUCUGGGACAGGGGUUUCCAUUGAUGGGUGCCAUGGCUUCUUUACCAGGUGCAGACUCUAUGCUUGGGUCAACGAAUAAUGCUUGGUCUACAGAAUCGCAAAACUCUCCAACCGAGCCACAAGGUGACACGAAGAGCUGA